AUGUCAACAAUUAUUCAACGAUCUGAUUCAACUGUACGUAUGUAUACAAAAGGUCCAUCAGAAAUUGUUUUAAAAAAAUGUAAAGCAAUAUUAAAUCGUUAUGGUAAUAUUGUACCAUGUUUAAAUGUUGAUUAUGAUCGUCUUGUACGAAAUGUUAUUGAACCAAUGGAAUGUGAUGGUUUACGUACAAUAUGUAUUGCAUAUAGAGAUUUUCCAUCAGAUAAUUUACCCGAUUGGAAUGAUGAUACUAGUGUUCUUGAUCAAUUAACAUGUAUUUGUAUAUGUGGUAUUGAAGAUCCUAAACGUCCUGAAGUACCUGAUACUAUAGCUAAAUGUCGAGAUGCCGGUAUAACAGUCCAAAUGUUUACAGGAGAUAAUGUUAAUACAGCUCGAUCUGUUGCACUUAAAUGUGAAAUUAUAUCACCUUAUGAUAAUAUUUUAAUAUUUGAAGGAAAAGAAUUUAACAGACGUAUAAGAUCAGAACCAGAUGGAGAGGUUGAACAAAAUUUAUUUGAUAAAGUUUGGCCACAUUUACGUGUAUUAGCUCGUUCAUCACCAAAAGAUAAAUAUACACUUGUCAGAGGUAUUGCUGCAUCAAAGAACAAUCCAGCAGAUGAAGUGGUUGCUGUUAUCGGUGAUGAAACAAAUUAUGCUUCUGCUUUGCAAGAGGCUGAUGGCGGAGAGGAUUGA